UGACCCCUUUAAAGAUGCCUCAAUUCAUAUAAGAUGAAUUGAUUACUUAUUUAAAAGGAUAAAUGGGUGUUUUUCUCGUUUUACCUCUUAUCGUGACUUUUUUAAGAAUGUGUAGUGGUAUAUUAACUGAGAAAGAGAAAAAAAUACGAGAAGGUAUGAAAAUUAUGGGAAUGAGUAAUUUCUCAUUCUAUUCUUCUUGGAUUUCUUGGUAUUUAAUGACUUAUACGAUUAUUUCUUUAAUAGUUUCGGCUAUUUUAAAAGCUACUAUAUUUAAAUAAAGUGAUUAUUUGUUGAUUUUUGUGUGGCAUUGGUUAUUUUGUGUUAGCUUGAUUAUUUAAAGUAUCUUUAUUACGUCAUUUUUUUCGAGGGCUAAAUUGGGAAAUAUUAUAUCUAUGGUGUUCUUUUUAGUCAUGUUUAUGAUUAAGUUUAUUAUUGGAAAUAGUAAUUUGCCUUUAAAUAUAAAAGUUGGAGCAUCUUUAUCAUCACAUACAAGUUUUUCGUUAGCCUCGGAUAUAUUUUUAUUAGUAGAAAACUAAGGAUACGGAAUUACAUGGAGUUCAGGGUCUAAAAUGGUUGAUAAUUUUUCAAUUGGAAUAAGUAUGGGAAUGUGUAUUCUCAAUAUUUUUAUAUUUGCUAUACUUUCUUGGUAUUGCGAGUAGGUUAUUCCUAAUGAAUUUGGUAAAAAAAAACAUCCUUUGUUCUUUAUAACUUGUCUUUUUAAAAAAAAUAUUGAACAUGGAAAGGAGUUCUACGAAGAUAAAGAAAAUCUUAUUCCUAAAGAAAAUGUAGAAGAAGUUUAGGCAGGUUUAAAAUAAUAAGAAUAAAAUUAAGAAGUCUUAAGAUUAAAUAAUGUUUAUAAAGUAUAUAAUAAUGGAAAAAAAGCAGUUAACGGGGUGAAUUUAACAAUGUAUAAAAAUUAAAUUUUCUGUCUUUUGGGACAUAAUGGAGCAGGAAAAACAACUACCAUUUCUAUGUUGACUGGAAUGUUGGAGUUUUCUUAAGGACAAGCUGAAGUUUAUGGAAAAGAUAUUACUAAUGAAAUAGAGGACAUUAGAAAAUUUAUGGGUGUGUGUCCUUAACAUGAUAUUCUCUUUGAUAAUUUGACUGUUAAAGAACACUUGGAGCUAUAUGCAGUUUUCAAAGGAAUGGAUAAUAAAGAUAUACCUUUGGCUGUCCAAAAAGCUAUAAUAGAUGUUGAUUUAGCGGAAAAGACAAACGAAUUAAGCAAGAAUCUAUCAGGAGGACAGAAAAGAAGGCUUUCAGUGGCUAUAGCUUUUAUUGGAGGAAGUAAACUUAUUUAUUUGGAUGAACCUACUAGUGGAAUGGAUACUUCUGCUAGAAGAUAUAUUUGGGAUAUGUUAAAGAAAUAUAAAAAUGAUAAGAUUAUAGUACUUACUACUCAUUUUAUGGAUGAAGCUGAUUAUUUAGGAGAUAGAAUAGGUAUUAUGGGAGAAGGAAAAUUAAUAUGUUGUGGUUCUUCAGUAUUUUUGAAAAAUAGAUUUGGUGUAGGAUAUAAUCUAACAA